AUGGACAGAAACAUGUUUUCCCCACUGGGUGUCUUUUUUCUGGUCGUUUUUGGGAUCGAGUCUAUUGUUUCCCUCUUAGGGAAUGGAUUCAUCAUGGUUGUGUAUGGCUACAGCUGGCUGCAAAGCAAGAAGAUGCUCCCUUGUGAUUUCCUACUGACCACUCUGAGCCUCUCCAGAUUUCUUUGGCAAUGGGUUUCCAUGAGCAGUGAAUUUCUAUAUUUCGACUCUCCAGAGACAUACAUGCAUAGUACAAAACACCAGGUAGUCACCAUUUCCUGGAUGUAUUUGAACACAGCCAACCUUUGGUGUGCCACCUGGCUCAAUGUCUUCUACUGUGUGAAGGUGACCAACUUUGCUCAUCCUCUCUUUGCCUGGCUGAAGCUAAGAAUUGGGGCGUUGGUGCCCAGAUGCCUCGGAAUAUCUCUCCUAGCUUUCAUAAUCUGCUCUAUAUAUCCUGUCUUGAGGUCCUUUGAAGAUGAAAAAUGCCGCAAUUUCACAGGAAACCUGCCAGAGAACACCAGCCAAAGUGAGGCUCAAGUCCACUACUAUUUUAAGGUUUUACAUGUUCUCCUACUUUAUUUUACUGCCAUCAGUUUUAGCAUCUGCUUGACAGCGUCCAGUGUUUUGCUUCUCUCUCUGUGGAGGCACACAAGAAACCUGAAGAAGAGCUGCCUCAGCACCAAGGACCUCAGCACUCAGGCCCACCUCAACGUCAUCAAGCCUUUGCUUCUCUCGCUCUUCUUCUACAUUCUACAUUAUGCUGCCAUGAUCAUUGCCUUCACUAAUACUCUCAAGUUCGGCAGUCCUGAGCGGCAGAUUUCUGACAUCGUCGUGGCUUUGUAUCCUUCUGCGCAUGCCGUCAUCUUGAUAUUCACCAAUCCCAAACUGAAUAAAGCAUACAUCCGUGUUAUAAACUUCAUAAGAAGGGCUUCCUAA